AUGCCUUCUUACGUUAUUACCGGUGUUUCUCGAGGACUCGGGGUAAGAGUUCCCAAAGCCUUUCAAGUCAUUGGACUGGUCCGUGAUAAGAAGGCAACCGACAAAAGGGUGUCCGAAGAGCUCGCUGGGAGGGCCAACAUCACCAUCCUAGAAGCCGAUCUUUCUAACUACGAUGCCAUCAAGACCGCUGUGGCGGCCACCUCGGAAAUCACCGGGGGAAGUCUUGACUACCUGAUUGCGAACGCUGCAAACGUCUCAAAGUGGGAUGCCUACGACCCUAUUGGAGUCUUAGCUGAAAGUCCCAAAGAGCUCGAGAAGCAGAUGAUCAACAUCACCACUGUCAACAUCGUUGGAAACAUCAAUCUUUUCAAGCUUUAUAUACCUCUUCUCCUCAAGGGCCAGGCGAAGAAGGUCAUAUCGCUUACCUCGGGCCAUGCGGACCUGGACGCGAUCAAUCAGAUUGAUAUCGAGCCGGCCGCUCUCUAUUCAAUCAGCAAAGCGGGGAUGAAUAUCGCCGUGGCCAAGUUCAGCGCCCAGUACAAGAAAGACGGCCUCCUCUUCUUUAGUCUGAGUCCUGGCGUGGUGGAUGUUGGGUCCCAAGCCGAUGCUACCCCGGAGCAACUGCAAAAACUCGGAGCCAUGGCUGCCGGCUUUUUGCGAGCUUACCCUGAGUGGAAGGGGCCGACCCAGCCAGUAGAUUCAGUCAGGGACAUGCUGACUAUUAUCGAGAAGGCCUCAAUUGAAGACGGGUUUGGAGGAUCUUACGUGUCCCACCACGGAGACAAACAUUGGCUCUGA